AAAGCCAAACCCUCCUUCUUUGGAAUCCAAGAAAUGGAUAAGCUCAGUGUUCAUCAAGGUAUCAAGUGUUCCAAACAGUCUCAAUCAAAGAAGAAAUCAAAACCCAUCAAAGUUGUAUACAUCUCUAACCCUAUGAAGGUGAAGACAAGUGCAUCUGAGUUUAGGGCUUUGGUUCAAGAACUCACUGGAAGAGAUUCUGAUUUGAGCAGAAUCACAGUUGAUGGACGACUUCAGAAGGUUCCUGUUUAUGAAGUUAUGAAGAGUGGAGAUGAUGAGUAUGAACCUCAAGUUCCUCAUCAGAUUGAAAGCUAUCAGGAAUCAUCAUUACCAGGGAAAUCUGAUGAGGUUGAUGAGCCCUUUGAUGAUCACUUCACUUCUGUGUUGCUUGAAAACUUUAUAUAUUGA